AUGGCGAAAGGAGUCAAGUCAGCGGUACCAGCGACUCCGGUGAAGUCGAGUGAAACGCGCAACGAGGCUUCGAUGCUCUCCGGGAGUUCGUGCUCCACCCCAGCGACGGAUCGGAUGGAGUCGAUCGACGAGCGCUCGGUGAACUACGACACGGCGAUUGGUUCAUCGGACGCCAAGGAAGAUGAUGAAGACGAUGACUGGGAUGUCAGGACUGUGAUGUCCGAGACUUCGGAGGCCGCGGUUGUGUCGGCCGGCCGCAGUGGAGGAUCGAGGUCGAUCACCCGCGACCUCUCCGAAACGUUCAACGGCAUGCCGGGCCCCGAGCCCGCCUGCGACGCGGAUGACGGUGCGACCGAGGGUUUCAAAGCCUCGGUGACCGUAGGAGGGGCAACCUCCAAGCCGGUUGGCACUCGUCCUCCCCUCAACGGCGAUACUCCGGCGGCCAACAAGGUUCUAGGCCGAUGCCUGGAGCUGAUGAAGGCCAAAAGUGAGCGGAUGCAGUUGUUCUCCCCGAAGCAGGUCCGCCAGGCCAUCUGGAUGGACCUCGGAGGGGCUUUGGCAACGCCGAUCAACUCAGCGAGCACUCGGCAGGUCGUUCAGAACACUGUGGACCUCCUGCGUGCAAUGGGGUGCGAGCCCCAAAUUCUCCCGACGGAGGCUGCACUCGCGAGCUGGACGCCAACCACCGCCGCCAUGGCGCUUACCAAGUGGAGGAAGAAGUUACGUGAGGCCUUUGGGGUGGCAGACCGAGGCUCAACGAAGCUUCGUUCGGCCCCGGAAGCGGUUGACCCCUCCAAGGUCCCGCUACCAGCGACCCCUCGGAAGGCAGCCACGGAUGACGGAGUCUUCGCAGUCAAGGGCGAGGCUUCGUCUUACAUGCCAGACUCGCACAUGGUAACCCCACGAUCUACGGACCGUACUGAACGUCUGGCUAGGGAGACCGAGGUUUCGUACGCAACGCCUGGCACGCGCGGGGCAACCGGUCGCCGGUCCAGCCGCUGUUACGACCUCCGAGAUGGCUCGUCGGACAGUGACGAUGAUCUCGGGUCCGACUGUUACGAAGGCGACCUGCCAAGCGAAUGGGCUCGUCAGGACAAGGAGCACGUAUGUGACUACCUCAACCGGCUUAACGGCUCCGCUCGCAACGCCGGCGCGCAGUAUGAGAACGGUGGACGUGACGCGAAGGACCAUGUGGAACACUUCUUAGUUACGUGUGACGACCGAAACUUAGAAGGCCGUAUGUGCCACGUUCGGGUCAAGUGCAUUCAUGACCUCGAAGACAUGAUCAGCGACAUUCUGCGUCACCGCGACCGAAAGUCGACCCGCGAAUCAUCGUUCCGCCGCUCCCGUAGUCAAGAUGCCAGUCGCCGUCGCGACGCGCGGUCGAACGAGGAUUCUCGAAGUGGUUAUCGCCGUGAACGACGUUACCGCGACGAGGACCACCGCGAACGACGUUACCGUGGUGACGACCGCCACACCGGUCGUCGUGAUGACGACCGCCGCCGUGACCGACGUGACGGGUCACCGCACCAGUCGAGGGUGGCUUUGGUCGACGCCCUUGCCGAUGUAAUGGCGGAAUGGAACGUCGGAUGCUUGGUCGGUGCACGCAACGAGGCUUCAUACGCCUCCCGACGUGAUGCUGAGGCGAACGAGGAUUACUUCGAGGAUGAGCACCAAUACUCGGACGACCAACGCUCGGACGAGGAUUCAGACGCUGAUUACGACUCGCAUGAGUCUACACGACAUGUCGCUGCCGCUAACGAUGCUGAGCGCAGGGCCGCAGCCGAAGGAACGUUCGCUCGGUCUGAUAACUGA